GUCGUCAUACGUAGUCUUCUCUGUCGUUAAGCACUCUGUAAUGAUCGAAUAUAAGGGCAUCUGAUUCCAGAUAUACUCAGAAUCUUCCAAUCCAAGACGAGAUUUUUUUGAGAGAGAGACAAAUAGUUAUCAAAAGAACGGCACUGUAUUGGAUGGCCAAUCUUUUUCACUCCUUUAACAUGUUCUCAAGCUCUGCAAUAAACCCUUCGUUUCCCCGUUGCUGCUUCUCUCCUACUAACAACAGGGGUCGAGAGCCUACUUGUGAACUUCACGAAAAUAAAAAGAUUACUUUUGUGUCCUAGCAAUGUCAAUUGAAAGCAAUCCUCUAAUCUCACGUAAGGUUGUCCUUGCGUAUGAUGCUUCGAAGGAUCUCAACGGGAGGGAGCUCAAGCUUACAGUUGAUAAUAUACGAUUAAGGAGUGGGAUUCUCCAUAGUGGUGACACCCUUAUGAUUCUUGGAGUCUUACAGAGAGUCCCUCAUCCCUUGGCUUAUCAAGUUCGGGUUACUGGAUCUAGUAUGAGGGCAGUUGAGGAAGAAGUUUCUAGAAGAUUAGAUGCAUAUGUUAACAUGCUUAGGCGAAGUGCUUCAGAAUGCGAAAACCAAGGGGUUGAUAUUGAAGUCAAGAUUACUGCUGGGAUUCCAAUUAAGAAUGUUGUUCUGCAAGAGGUUACCAAUUGUAACGCGACUUGGGUUAUACUUGAUAGGUUUCUGAGGAGAGAUUUGAGGUUUUACUUCAAACAGAUACCUUCAAAGAUUGCAGUAGUUCAAGACAACUUGCAAAUUGAAGUUCUUAGGCAGCACGGAAAUACUGAUACAGAUAACGUAGAACAUAAAUUGGUCUUUUCCAUGUGUAAGCGUGUUGCAAUGGUUGCAACUCAAGAUAAUGAAAACAGUGAACAGUCUGUUGCUACCUGCAAAAGUGGUCCUCCUGUAUCCAUCAGUUUAGAAAGUUUUGAGAUGCUAAAAAGUCUGAACUCAGCGUUCAUGUACAAACCACGCGAGUUUAGCCUGUUGUCUAGUGAUGAUUUAGGAUUUGGUUCAAGGGAAGAAAAAUCAGGAAAGUAUACUAGAGCGGAAAGAGACACCAACCAUUCUUCAUCUUCGACUAUCUAUGAACCACUUAGACAUCCCAACAAACAAAAAUCUUCUGGUGCACCUGUUCUGUGUGCUGGUUGUGGAGUAAGGACUGAGUUAUAUAUCAAGGAGUCUAUGCGGUUUAGUUUUUCUGAAAUACAGCUUGCAACAAAUGAUUUCUCCAAGGAGAAGUUGUUAGGAGAAGGAGGAUAUGGUUUUGUCUACAAGGGAGAACUUAGAGACGGACAACUUAUAGCUGCAAAAGUCCGGAAAGAAGCAAGCGCUCAGGGGUUUUCAGAAUUCCAUUCUGAAGUAUACGUCUUAAGCUUUGCUCGACAUAAAAACAUAGUGAUGCUGUUAGGGUAUUGUUGCAAAGAGAAUGUGAAUAUUUUGGUUUACGAGUAUAUCUGCAACAAGUCUCUUGAGUGGCAUCUAUUCGACAAGGAAGCCAGUGUCCUUCAGUGGCAUCAAAGGUAUGCCAUUGCCCUAGGAACAGCAAAGGGCCUACGCUUUCUUCAUGAGGAAUGCCGAGGAAAUCCUAUAAUUCAUCGUGACAUGAGGCCAAGCAACAUAUUGCUCACUCAUGAAUUUGUUCCCAUGCUUGGUGAUUUUGGCCUUGCCAAGUGGAAGACUAAUGAUGAUCCGAUACACACCAGGAUACUUGGGUCACAUGGAUAUCUUGCUCCAGAGUAUGCAGAAAAUGGGGUUGUCUCUGUAAGAACGGAUGUUUUCUCAUUUGGCAUCAUCUUGAUUCAACUUAUUUCAGGUAAAACGGCAGUCAACUCAACAAGUGAAGAACAAAAUCAAUCUCUCCGGCAGUGGGCUGAACCACUUCUUCAGGGGCUUGCGCUUCAUCAACUUAUUGAUCCACACAUUGGAGAGUCAUAUGACCCUUACGAACUAUACCACAUGGCCAAAGCAGCAUAUUUAUGCAUAAAAUGUAGACCUGAGGAGCGUCCCUCAAUGGGAGAGGUUGUACGUCUCCUUGAAGGAGAAAAUGAGCAUCUUCAAAUGUUAGCGGAGCCAUUUAUUCAACAUUAUAUUUGAUAAUUUUACGCCUUUCUGAUGCCUCUUGUUGUCUUCCAACAAGCCACAAGCUUGCUCAUGUCACUCGGGUAGUGUUAUUAUUAAUUGUUUUUCAUUUUUUCUUCCUUUGUUUUACUCCAAAUGUUUCAUAUAUUAGAAAACAGUGUGUGAAUAAAGAGCUGUCUAUGAAUCAAUCAGAAAGGCAAUUAUUAUUACAUAUAUAGAUAAUUUAUCUCUUGUUUCAUUUAA